CGGGCUCCGUCCCUUUAUACAUGGAGACCUGGCUUAGACAUUUCUGUUCACAACUCUUCUCCCUCUAAGGACUAAGCAUUGUACUCAGCUCUCUACUCCAACUCCAAGUUCAGUCUCUGCAAUUCAACUCCACGUUCAGUCUCUGCAAUUCAACAUUACUUUCAGUCAUCAGCUCUGCAUCGGCGCUUACCAGCAACAACAGCAGCAGCAGAAUGCCUACCACACGUUUAAGGAUGAGACCUUGGCUUGAGAAUCAGAUUGAAUCUAGAACAAUUCCAGGUCUUUCAUGGCUUAACAAGGAGGAGAUGAUCUUCCAGAUCCCAUGGAAGCAUGCUGCACGGCAUGGUUGGGACAUGGACAGAGAUGCCUCUCUUUUCCGCAGCUGGGCUAUUCACACAGGAAGGUAUAAACAGGGUGAGAAGGAACCUGAUCCAAAGACCUGGAAAGCUAACUUCCGCUGCGCUAUGAAUUCUCUUCCUGAUAUUAAAGAAGUGAAGGACAGAAGCAUCUACAAAGGGUCUAGUGCUGUACGAGUCUACAAAAUGCUGCCAGCUCCAAUUAAGACAGAGAAAAAAGAACGCAAGUCUAAGUCACAAAACGAUUCUAAGAGCAGACCCCGAAAGAAGGUUGAGCGCACAUCAGCGGAUGAAGUGGAAGAAGCAGUGAAAAACUGUCAGCUACCGGAGGAUCACAGUGAUUACACAGUCGGAGAUUUCUCAAUACAGGAAGCUACUGGCAGUUCAGAUAUAGGUGUGAAUCAGUCUGAAGUCACCAGCAGCAUGUCGCCAUGGGGUGAUCAAAUGGAAAUGCAAUUACCUGACAGCACAAAUGACAAUUACCCCUUCCAGGUGUCACCCAUGCCAUCAAGCUCAGAAGGUGAUGAUGAAGAAUUACUAUCUGACCAGGAGAUUUUAGCCUUUCUGGACACAGACUGGCAUCAGCAUGCAAUCGAUGGCAGAGGAUACUUCACCAAUGAACCAGGAACAGGAAGCACUUUUGUAAACAAUACAGGAUCUGUGUUCGAUAGCUUAAAUAUAGGAGAGAUACAAGUCCGAGUCACUACAGACAUGAAACCACUUGAAUUCUCAUGGCAAGAAUUAACAGCCAUCACCUGUUUAUGAACUUUACCUGGAUCCAUUAAAAACACUCCUAUAUUGUUAUCCUCAUAUUUGUGUAUAUGAGUCAAAAGUGGGACACCGAUUGACUGAGGCGUUUUGAUGUGUUCAGUUCAAAUCACAAAGUAUAGGCAAAAGACUCAGGAAUGCACAGUCUUUAGCUGGUUGCAUGUAAGCACUGGUUGUGCAGAUCCUGGAAAUGCAUCGGAAGUAGGAAGGACUAGUCAAUGUUUGGGCACUGCCUUUUGCUGAUACUUGGCACAAGGAACACAGCUGAGCUUGGAUCCCUGGAGUUGUGAAAACACUUAACUGAAGAUCGAUCACUACAUUUCGAAUGGCAGUCUGUCUUCAUAAAAUAACUUGUAUCUCGAACUGUGAAGUAAAGUUUGUGUGUUGCCUAAUUAUCACAGCAUCAGGAGCCAGUAACUGCAGUGUUAGCUAUAAUGGCGUACAAGGAGAGUUGUGUGUGUCAGUCAUGCGCUUGGCCUCAUCUUAUCUAGGUUCAACUGAAACUUAGCAUUUAGACUUUUUUACAAUUUUGGAAUGCAUUAGUUAUAUUACAUUAACUUUUUCUUGCUUGGUAUUUCCAAAUAAUGUUAUUUCUUAGGUGAGAUUUUUGCACUUUUCUUUAGUAAAUUGUUUAUAAAAUAUCCAAGAAACUAUUGAAUGCUCUACCUAUUUCGCCUAAUGAAAUAUAUUCUAAUGCAGCCUCCUAUAUGUUAAAUGGAGACAGAGGAAGUUUGUAGCAGUUUUAGACUUUAUUAUCAUCCUAGAAAGAGAUAUAUUCCAAGAGGGCAUUACUCGGGCAUGCCACAUAUUGUGCUGUUUUUGGGCUAAUGUGUCCAAAUAGUGCUCUGAGUUUACUGAUAUGUUCAUAAUUUGUCAUUUUAGUCAAAUAUGUGAUCGUAUGGAUUACUGAAACAUUGCUCAUGCAGUCCCACUAUGUGAAACCUCUGUGAAAUACUGCAAACAUUCCCUAAGGGAUACAUAUAUGUCCUUUUUCAUCUGUAAACAGGAUGAAAAAGCAGACAUACAGUCCGCAUGUGUGAAAGGGGCCUUAGUGGAGGUUUUACUUUACAGUCAUCUAUGUGACCAAUUUAUUUAAAUAAAAAAGAAAAGAAAGGCUGCUGUUUUGCAACUAAAUAUACAUUAUGAUUAAAUAGGAGGAAUCUGGAAAUUCUUCUGCCUCCAUUUCAGAGUGCCUUGUAGCUCAGCUGGGAGGGGGGGGGGGGGGUUUGGAGAAUGUACAAUAGUACACAGUACAAAAUGUACAAUAGAAAUAGUGGAUAGUAAUUUUCUGUAGACAGAAUUCACAGACACAACUAGUUAAAUGGUUAUCCUAAACAAGAAGUAUUCCACAUAUGAUAAUUACAAUCCAAAUCACAGAGGGGAGGUGUGUACAUCUACACCUUGUAAGUGAAAGGGUAUAGGAGCAAUUGCAUCAGAAUAACAGUCUUAACAGCUAGCAUUUUCAGUAAUGGAUGCCACCCUAUUUCUCUUCUUGUGCAGAAAAUACUUGUUUGGUAUAUUCUUUAGAUAUUGUUUUUUUUCUUCAACUUUCAGUUGUUAUUUUGUUACUGGACAUACUCCUGUGUAAAAUAGACUCCACAAUUUAAUUUUUUUUAUUUUGUUAUGCCGUCAUCUGACCACAUGGCCAAGUUCUGUCUUCUUCCAUCAUUCUCAUUUGCCUUUCUGUAUAUGGCUAGCUGUUCAUCACAUGUACUGCACAUGUCUACCUUUGUAAAUACUAUGUAUUAUUAAUAGUUCUUCUACGGUCAAAAUUAAAGUUUUAAUACUCUUA